AUGGAGAAAACAUCAGCAUGGAGUGGCACACCCUCAAUAAGAGGCUCAACCGAGGCCGUCCGCAUGUGCCUGCUGACGGUCUCCCUCAUUGGCAUUCAUUGCUGGGGCCUCGAGAUGACAUACGGCACCCCCUACCUCCUCCAACUGGGCCUUACGAAGUCCAAGACAUCCUUGGUAUGGAUUGCCGGGCCACUGUCAGGUUUAAUCAUGCAACCUGUCGUCGGAGCAUAUGCGGAUAAGUCUACCUCAAGAUUCGGCAGACGGAGACCCUUCAUGGUGUACGGUGCCAUCAUCACAGGGGCAGGACUACUGCUACUGGGUUGGACAUCUGAAGCAGUUGGGCUCUUCUUAUCCGAAGGGGAUAUGAACAAGAAUGUCACAAUCGUGGUGGCUGUCCUGUGCAUAUAUGCCCUCGACUUCUCGAUCAAUGCUGUGCAGGCAUGCUGUCGCAGCUUAAUAGUUGACACACUGCCAAUCUCGCAGCAACAAGCUGGAUCCGCCUGGGCAUCGAGACUCGUUGCGGCUGGGCAUUUGGCCAGCUAUUUUAUCGGCACCUUCGACUUGGUUAAGAUGUUCCCCACCUGGAUUGGUGGUGACACCCAGUUCAAAAAGAUGACUGUCAUCGCAAUGUCUGCUCUGUGGAUCACAGUCGGCGUCUCUUGUUGGGCUGUCACUGAGAGAGUGCGUUUAGCUAACGACGAAGAGAAUACCUCAGUGAAGGAGGUACUCUCCAACUUGUGGCGGAGGACAAUCAACCUGCCUCCAAGGAUACGAGCUAUAUGCUGGGUGCAAUUUUGGAACUGGGUUGGAUGGUUCCCGUUCCUCUUCUAUUCGAGCACAUUCGUUGGCGAAAUCUACUAUCGUUAUGAACAUCCCGCUCCUGAGCCCGGCGAAAAGGACGAGCAUGACGCGCUUGGAAAUAUAGGUCGACUCGGCAGCCUCGCCCUGGUGUUCUUCUCCUUGAUUACAUUCUGCUCCUCUGUCAUUCUGCCUUACGCAAUCAAAUCCACAGAAACAGGGGAGCUGAGGUUUACUCCUAGGCCGCCUACUUCAUUGGCUCGGCCUCUCCAGAUACUCCUGGUCAAGGCCUACGAGGUACAACCUGAUCUCACCGGCGCGUGGAGUUUGUCGAACCUGCUUUUUGCGAUCAUCACCAUGUUCGCCCCAUUCGUCCGAACGCUAUCUUCGGCAACAAAACUUGUCGCUUCCUGUGGGCUGCCUUGGGCGGUAUCAUGUUGGGCACCGUUUGCACUGCUUGGAAUCGAGAUCAACAAAAUGUCCUCCGGUCCACAUGCCAGCGUCAACGGCACGACUGUUCCUGGCUACACUACUGUUCGAGGCAGUAUUGACGAAGAUUAUGGUAUUGAAAUGGACGUCGAACCGAAUCAUCACAGAGUUCUUUCUGACGGAGUGCUACAACUCCACCACUCCGAUGACAGUGGCGCUCAGGCUUCGACGGGAGAGCUUGCGGGCGUCUACCUGGGCGUUCUGAACGUAUACACCACCUUACCGCAAUUUGUCGGGACCUUUGUCAGUUGGGUUGUGUUCUCCCUUCUGGAGCCUGGUUUGAACGAUCAUGACGCAGAGACAGAUCCUGAUCAUCACCGCUGGCUGAACGUCAAGAAGCAUGCGCCAAAUGCCAUUGCUGUGUGCAUGUUUAUUGGAGCAUUGUGCUCUUUGGUAUCGGCAGAAGCUGCCAGACGGUUAAAGCGGCUUCAAUGA